GGCACGUGAGAGCCGCUGCGAGUGAGAGCGUGCCGGAGGGUGACGCUGGCGUGUAAGAGGGACCUUGAGCGUGAGGGUGACUCCAGGAGUGUGGGAGACCUUGAGUGUAAGACUGAGCGUGGGAGAAAGACUCCGUGUGUGAGAGAGAGACUCCGAGUCUGAGGGCGACUGUGAGUGUGCAAGACCGGGUGUGAGAUGACGCUGAGAGUAUGGGAGAAACCUUGUAAGGGAGACUCUGUUUGAGUAUGUGUGUGUGAGAGAGAGAGGGACAGAGAAACAGACAUCCUGGACUAGAAGGAGGCUGCAUGUGGGUGAAACCCUGAUUCUGAGGGUGAGUCUGUGAGUGUGUAAGACCCUGAGUGUGAAGGUGGUGCUGUUAGUGUGAGGGAGACUCUGUGUGUAUGUGAGAGACCUCGGGUGUGAGGGUGAGUCCAUGUGUGAGAGAGACUGAGAGUGUGAGAAAGACUGAGAGGGAGAUUGUGAGUGUGAGGGAGACUGUGUGUGAGAGUGGCCCUAAGUGUGACACUGAAUGUGUGAGAGGGACUGUUUGAGAUAUGCAAGUGUGAGUCUCUGAAGGUAAGAACGAGAAGCUGUGCUGUGUGUAAGAGACUCUGAAAGUGAGGAAGGGCUGAGGGGGCGAGACUUGGAGGACGUGAACGCAAGAACAGAGCUUCUUGGGGAUGCUGAUAAUGGGCUCGUGUUGGGGCUUGGGAGUGCUGGCCUUUGGAGCUAGAGAAUGACCACAGUAAACACAGGUGUGAAGGAACCAUUCGCCAUGGAAACCAACGAGCUGGAGCGCCCCACUGCCAACUACCAUCUCAUUCCUGGAGCCAGCCAGCCCAAGGAGGAAGAUGUCAGCAUGCUACCUCAAGGGACUGCAGAAACUAUGCAGCUGAAGAAGGAGAUUUCUCUGCUGAAUGGGGUCAGCCUGGUGGUGGGCAACAUGAUUGGCUCAGGAAUCUUUGUCUCACCCAAGGGUGUGCUGGUAUACACUGCCUCCUACGGGUUGUCGCUGGUCGUAUGGGCCAUUGGUGGGCUCUUCUCCGUUGUGGGUGCCCUUUGCUAUGCGGAGCUGGGGACCACCAUCACCAAAUCUGGGGCCAGCUAUGCUUAUAUUCUAGAGGCCUUUGGGGGCUUCAUUGCCUUCAUCCGCCUGUGGGCCUCCCUGCUAAUCGUUGAGCCCACCAGUCAGGCCAUCAUCGCCAUCACUUUUGCCAACUACAUCAUCCAGCCCUUCUUCCCUACCUGUGAUCCCCCAUACCUGGCCUGCCGUCUCCUCGCUGCUGCUUGCAUAUGUUUGCUGACAUUUGUGAACUGUGCCUAUGUCAAGUGGGGCACACGUGUGCAGGACACGUUCACUUACGCCAAGGUCCUAGCGCUCAUUGCCAUCAUUGUCAUGGGCCUUGUUAAACUGUGCCAGGGACACUCUGAGCACUUUCAGGACGCCUUUCAGGGUUCCUCCUGGGACAUGGGAGACCUCUCUCUCGCCCUCUACUCUGCCCUCUUCUCUUACUCAGGUUGGGACACCCUUAAUUUUGUAACAGAAGAAAUCAAAAACCCAGAAAGAAAUUUGCCCCUGGCCAUUGGGAUUUCUAUGCCAAUUGUGACGCUCAUCUACAUCCUGACCAACGUGGCCUAUUACACAGUGCUGAGCAUUUCAGAUGUCCUUGGCAGUGAUGCUGUGGCUGUGACAUUUGCUGACCGGACAUUUGGCAUGUUCAGCUGGACCAUUCCCAUUGCCGUCGCUCUGUCCUGCUUUGGGGGCCUCAAUGCGUCUAUCUUUGCUUCAUCAAGGUUGUUCUUUGUGGGGUCUCGUGAGGGCCAUCUUCCGGACCUUCUGUCUAUGAUCCACAUUGAGCGUUUUACACCCAUCCCUGCUUUAUUGUUCAAUUGCACCAUGACACUCAUCUACCUCACUGUGGAGGAUGUUUUCCUGCUCAUCAACUACUUCAGCUUCAGCUACUGGUUCUUUGUGGGCCUGUCUAUUGCUGGACAGCUCUAUCUUCGCUGGAAGGAGCCCAAGCGGCCCCGGCCUCUCAAGCUGAGCCUGUUUUUUCCCAUCGUUUUCUGCAUAUGCUCCUUGUUUCUGGUGAUUGUGCCCCUCUUCAGUGAUACCAUCAAUUCUGUCAUUGGCAUCGGGAUCGCCCUCUCUGGGGUCCCCGUCUACUUCCUGGGUGUUUACCUGCCAGUCUCCCGGAGGCCACUCUUUAUUCGGAAUGUCCUGGCUGCUAUCACCAAAGUCACACAGCAGCUUUGCUUUUGUGUCCUGACUGAGCUAGACGUUGCUGAAGAGAACAAGGUUGAGAGAAAAACUGACUAGAGGCCAGAGGUGAUGUACCUGAGGCCUGGAAGGUUGGCUACCUGUGGCCACCGCCACCAAAGUCCAGAUGACAAGACUGUAUGGGCCCAACCCUCUUGUACUAAAGGAGCCUUUUGGCCCACAUUAUGUAAGGGGGCUGAGGGCUGAUGGCCUGCUCAGGUAGUUACUCUCACUGGUAAGCUAUGGGAGGAGACUCAGGGUCUCGGAGCAGCCUGAAGGUGGGGAACUUCACAAAGUGAUGGUGGGGAGGGCUCCGGGAGCAGGGGAAUGGUUGUUCUGGGUGGAUACAUGCAGCCCUUACAAACACUAAGUUGGUGAGUUUCACUGCGGGGAGGGGAAGUGCUAGGUUAAUAGCUGUGGCUGAUGGUUUCUGAAUUUGAUAUUUGAGGUUUGAACCAGGAGUCUCUACAGAGGGGCUGCUGUAUGGGAUGUUUUCCCCUGACCAGGUCCAAGCACCUGACUUGAGAGGCCUGGAAUGCUACCAUUUAUUUCUCUGGCUCAAAAUCCUUCCCUGGGGAGAGGGCUGUAUUCCAUUACUUACUGAUAUUAUUUAAUCCAGAACACCAGUUCUAUCAAAGCAUUGAUGUUCAUUUAUUUACAAGAUGCAGUAGGCUGAUUGUGUUUAAAAAUUCAAAGUACCCCAAACCAAGUCCCUCUGCCCUUAGAGGUGGUGGUGGGUCAGACUCUGACCACAAAUUUUACUCAGUUUUAGCACAAUCUUCUGUUGAAUCUUACCUGCAAAGGUGAACUUUAAGAUUUUUUACUCAUGUACUGGUUAUACUUUAGUAUAUAGAUAGGUCACAUGUUAUAAGCAUCUGGCUCAAGUUCACCAAGGAUAAAUGAACAAAUUGGAGUCAGAAGUCUGGUGAUACUGCUAUUUUGAAGGAUAAUCCUUUAUUUGAGACCUUAGGUUUUUGUUCUAGUUGAUAGAAAGUAAAUCUCCAGGUUUCUGGUAUGAACUUUAAGAGGAUAGAAACUGUUGUAGAAUUCAGGUGGAUCACCUGAAGUCUUUCAGCUGUCCAUGGCUUAGAGAACACCUCUUGGACCUAGGCCACCAAAUAGCUUGUUCCUCUCUGUAAGGGCUGGUGUGAGGGACUGCUGUGCAGACCCACGCGAGCUCACCUUGGUGCUAUAAGUGGUCAUUUUCUUUUUCUGAAAACCUUACACCAGGCUGCAUCCUCCUCCUCUUCUGUCCCUGACACCAGGCUGUUUACACUGAGCCGCCUUGGUGUGGAUCAUCGGAUAGUGCACUCCUCUCCUGCCUGCCUCCCCUUGCCCGAGGUCUGGUGGGGCCGCAAUCUCAGGAAGAGCUUGGUACUUGUGGGGACUUCUAUUUUCUCCCUGUGGAGAUCAGUGAAGACUCUGGGAAAACAGCUACUUCAACCUCAAUCUGGCUCCUCAACAGACUGCAUGAUUGGAAGCAGCUAAUCUGGUGCUCAGGCUGUGCUUUAGCAUCCAGCUCAGACCAGAGCAGUAGGUUUGGCGUAAUGGAUGUUCCUUUAUGGGCAGCAUGGCUGCACUGGAUUGUACAACUGUCCUGGGAUGCCCCUGGACACUGUCAUCCAGGACCCAGAAGAAUCUGCUGGCUUGGCACGCCCAAUGGGCUUCUUGUCCUUAGGUUUUGGAUUGGUCAAUGAUAAAGACAAGAACUCAGGCAAUUUCCCUUCUGACCAUUCUUUUCAACCAAACUGGCCCCAGUCACAGACAAGGGAGUAACCUUGGUCAUACUUGCUCAAUAAAGACAAUUUAGGGGAGCA